ACAGACUUUCAGAAUCAGUUCUUACUACCAAAGUACCUGACAGAAACCAUGAGCGCGCUCAGAGUAAUGACUCUUUACGUUCUCGGAUUUAUACUCCUUUCAGCAGUCAAUGCUCACAAAGCUUGUUCUAAAAAUGCCAACUUGUGGAAAAGUAUACAAUACCAGCUUAAGUUAGUAGAAACUACAGAAGGGCGAUGUGAUUGUGAUAAAAAAGAAAUGCAUGGUCAUGAAAUGGUCGGAUUUCUAGCUAAAUCUUCAAAAGAUAAAACAAACGUCAACAGUGGAACUACAGUGAUAUUUGAUAAGGUAGUCACCAACACCGGUUCUGGAUACGAUGCUUCCACUGGACAGUUUGUUGCACCUUACGAAGGUCUUUAUUAUUUCACCUGGACUAUUCUCACCUACCCUUCGAAAAAAUUUCUAACACAGUUACUGCACAAUAACAACAUUAUUGCUGGCAACUAUCCUGAUGGCAGAGGACGAUCUUCAGGUCAUGAUUCCGCGACCCAAAGUGUUGUGCUACAUCUUGCAGCAAAAGAUAAGGUCUGUAUUAAAACUGAAGAUACAGGACAGUAUAUGUAUGGUGAUAGAUGGUCUACCUUCAGUGGAUACAAAAUUUAA